AUGGCUUCCUUGGCUUUUACUUCUUCCACUGGAGUUACAAGCUCUUUCCCUUCAUAUGAACUAGCCAAAGCCACGCAAUUUGGCUUAUGUCAGCCGUUGGACCGGCCUCAUCUUCCAUCGACGGCUGUGAAUUUAUCUAGGAGAAGGUGUGAGGUGAAGCCAUUGAAUGCUGAGCCAAAACGGAAUGAUUCAAUCGUUCCUUUAGCAGCAACCAUGGUUGCUCCUGAGGUGGUAGAGAAAGUAGAGGUGAUAGAGAAAGUAGAGGUGGAGGACUAUGAGAAAUUGGCUAAGGAGCUUGAAAAUGCUUCCCCUCUGGAGAUUAUAGAUAAAGCCCUUGAGAAAUUUGGGAAUGAAAUAGCUAUUGCUUUCAGUGGUGCUGAAGAUGUUGCUUUGAUUGAGUAUGCACAUUUAACCGGUCGACCAUUUAGGGUAUUCAGCCUCGACACUGGGAGGCUUAAUCCAGAAACUUAUAAAUUCUUCGAUGAAGUUGAGAAGCAUUAUGGCAUCCGCAUUGAAUACAUGUUCCCAGAUGCUGAUGAAGUUCAGGCCUUGGUAAGGAGCAAGGGAUUGUUCUCUUUCUAUGAAGACGGCCACCAGGAGUGUUGCCGUGUUAGAAAGGUCAGACCCCUAAGGAGGGCCCUCAGGGGUUUACGUGCCUGGAUCACUGGGCAAAGAAAAGAUCAGUCUCCUGGGACUAGGUCUGAAAUUCCUGUUGUCCAGGUAGACCCUGCUUUUGAGGGAUUGGAAGGUGGGAUUGGCAGCUUGGUGAAGUGGAAUCCAGUGGCAAAUGUUGAUGGCAGUGACAUGUGGAACUUCCUUCGAGCCAUGAAUGUGCCUGUGAAUUCAUUGCACUCGCAAGGAUACAUCUCGAUUGGGUGUGAGCCAUGCACAAGGCCAGUCCUACCAGGACAACAUGAGAGAGAAGGAAGGUGGUGGUGGGAGGAUGCCAAGGCCAAGGAAUGUGGCCUACAUAAAGGGAACAUCAAGGAAGAAAGUGUAGCCCACCUCAAUGGUACUGGAAAUGGGGCUAUUCAUGCAAAUGGAAGUGUCACUGUUGCAGACAUUUUCAAGGCCCCAAGUGUGAUAAGCCUAAGCAGGUCUGGGGUUGAGAACUUGUUGAAAUUGGAGAACCGGAGAGAGCCUUGGCUUGUCGUGCUUUAUGCACCUUGGUGCCGCUUUUGCCAGGCAAUGGAAGGAUCAUAUGUUGAAUUGGCUGACAAGUUGGUAGGGACUGGUGUGAAGGUGGGAAAGUUCAGAGCAGAUGGUGAGCAGAAGGCAUUUGCACAGCAAAAGUUGCAGCUCGGUAGCUUCCCCACCAUACUUUUCUUCCCAGGUCACUCAUCGCGGCCCAUUAAGUACCCCUCCGAGAAUAGAGAUGUCGAUUCAUUGAUGGCUUUUGUGAAUGCCCUCCGGUGA